GACACAGGCGCCAUGAUGAAUGGUUGCCGUGUGGUUGCCACGCGCUCAGAAAGUGAGAUGUCUACCUUGUCAAUCUGUGCUCUACUUGUUCCACACGUCUGCUAAUAUUUAUCGACAGCACUAGCCUUUCGAAAAUCUGAUAUAACGACAGUUCUACGGAGACGGCAAGACGUUACGGUGUUUGAUAUGGUGGUUGUUCUUUCUCAUUCUCUCAGAAUGUGAAUGCUAACCCCUAGGGGUACGGGCAGCCCCAGUCACUGGGGGUCAGUAGGCUAGUGCGCGUGUGCCCAGUGUGUUCCCGCUUUUAUCAAUUUCACGCUAUGGAAAAACGGAUCGAAUUAGAAUGCCGAGGAAGGAACCACGCGGAGAUUGAAGAGUUGAAUUUGGACAACUGCAAGGCCACAUCGGUAGACGGUCUGACGGACAAGUUCGUCAACCUGGAAGUUCUCUCACUUAACAAUGUUGGUCUGACUAGUCUCCGUCACUUCCCACAUCUUCCCAAACUCAGGAAGUUGGAGUUGAGCGACAACAGAAUCUCGUCAGGCUUGGAGUAUCUGGCUGGAUGUCCGGAGCUCACUCAUCUUACUCUCAGCAACAAUAGAAUCAAAGAUUUAGAGGCACUGAAGGUUUUGGCGGAUUUUAAUAAGCUGCGUAGUUUGGAUGUUUAUCAAUGUGAAGUGACUGCUAUCGAUGACUAUAGAGAGAAGGUGUUUGAACUCAUUCCUCAGUUGGAGUGGUUGGAUUCAACAGGCAGGUAAUGCAAUACACUUUCAUAAC